AUGGUUGUUUUAGUUGAGGAAUCCCGGUUGCAUAACGAACGAAUAAAACCACAGAUACCGUCAACCGCCAUAAGUGAUCCUCUAACUCAGCUGUGUCUGAAUAAUCAAAGCCUUCUUCCACCAGAUCACGAGUACCACAUCAUGAUUAAAUACGGAUCUGAAACAAAAGCCAUAAAAGACUGUCCUUCUUCUUUUUAUGGUGUAUAUAACUACACUGUAAAGGAAACCACUGCCGAAGGGAACCAAACUUAUUGUGGGAAGGGCACGGAACGGUGGGAUGUCUGUUCUGAUUACCAACGCAUGAACUUUAACUAUACCGCAUGUAAUACAACUAUCGCCUACUCAACGACCGGAAAGGCAUUCUGCGUUUAUGAGAAAACUAGUGGCUCAAACUUCUUUACUACUGUCUACAGUCAAGACUCUGGAACAUUUUCAUGCUUCAUGGGGUCAAAGGCAUCCGACGGUAGUCUGAAGGUCUCACAAGCUCAUGGUAGCUGUACAAAGACACAGACUUCCACCAUGAUGCCAACCUUGACUAACGGAACAAUAGUGGGCUUGAAGAUGGAACUGACUCCUAUUGGUAUGUUCCUCAAGUUACAUGUGUGCACAUUCAACUCUUGCUAUAACUACAACCUGUAA